GGAGAGAGAGACUCAGAACAUCACUCUUAGAAAUCCACUCAGUGCAAACAGGGCAUCUACACGACAUACGAGACAAGCAUGAGAAAAGGAAAAGCUAGUGUGUAACCAAAAAUAUACAAAAGAUGUGAAGCAGAAGUCUUAAACAAUCCCAGAGGGAAAUGACUUGGACUCAUAUUCGGUGAUGAGACCAGAUUCAACCAAGGACACUUAUCUUGUGCAACGAACCCUUCCUCCCAGGGUUAGGAAACAAACAAGCAUGUGACCAAAAGGCUCCAGGAGAUCAGAAGGAUCAGGCGGCUUGCAGCUGUAGCUGCCAUAUUUAUGCCAAGAUUCCCCUACAGCUCACCUUUGCAAGCUGCUACAGUGUCAACAGCCCUGUCAAUCACCCUGACAAAACGUCAUGUUACCGAACCUAUAAACCCCACCCAGCUCAAGUACAACCCAGUGUGAUAGUGAAUGGUGAGCAUUAAGGAUCCUUGUGUCUGCCAGUUGCAGUGCCCAACAGCAGCUCGCCCCCCCCAGUGCCGGUCACUUGCCGGCCGCGUUGCACGGUGUGACCGCCACUCCUGAGGUUACACAGGGAUGGCGCCGCUCUCGCGUCUCGUCCUGGUGCUGUCCGCGCUGCUUCACUGCUCUCCCGGACGGAUGAUCGGGACCACCUCUGCCACACACUCAUCUGGCAGCUCGGACCUCGUCCGUCGCCUGGCACUCUCCAGCUCAAAGAGAGACUUGGCAGCCGCCGAGCGCUCUACCACACAACAGCCAGGUACCGACGUCCUGAUGCCCGCCGGCGGGACUGGGGUGCCGGGAAAACAAGCGACAGACAAGGAGGAGUUGGCAGGGUCAUCGGUUGGCAGAUCUCGUGGCAGUGAUGAGUCUGUGGAUGACGGAGGACUUGGGGAUGAGGUAUUGAUUGAUGAUGACCCGGAGCCCCAGUCGGUUCCCAGCACACGUCACAUCCCUUCCAUGUUCUUUCCUGCUCCUGUCCCACUCCCUCCUGUGCCCCGAGACCACGUCAGCCCAGCAGAACCAGACCGGAUGGCACAGACCAAGCUCUCCCUUACAGCUACAUCUGAAACCCCUGUGUCACUCGUUAAGGAUGACCACAGCGGUCCGUACCUGGAACCUGGGUUCCCUACUGUGGAGAUCUCUGAACAAAUGACGACAACCGUCAAAUUGAAGAAAACCCGUCCCAACAUCGCUAGAGGGGACGGUCCGGAAAAAGGAAGGCUGGGGGAGAACGAGGAACAGGGUGUGGUUGUGUUAAAAGACAUUUUUGUGAUUGACUCACUGGAGCCCGUGAGCAGCAACACUCAAGGGAAACAUUCCCACUCCUCAACCCUGUCAUCGGCCAAUCCAGGACAAGCACCCCUUCUGACGUAUCGGUCUGAAACAGACAAGUCCAUUCCUGACACACCAACAACUGAGUCGUCAGUAUUGCCGUCACCUGUAAUACACACGACCCAUCAACAUGGCCGCAACGUCAAAGUCUUGCCUGCGUUCGCUGUCCGCUAUGACGUGUUUGGCCAUGUGACGCAUAGGAGCCUGAAUGGGGGCCCCUGUGUGCAGGCCCUGGGCCCCUGCGUCGUCCCCACCGCCACCUACGGCACCAUGCUGCUGUGGGAGGACCUGAGCCGCACGCUGGCCUUCGCCUGGGAGCUCCACGUCUACGGCUCCGCCUGCCUCUUCCUGCUGCUGUCCUGCGUGGCGGCACUGGGAAUGAUCGGGGGCUCCACCAAGGUCCAUCAUCUCUGCGGAAACCUGACCCUGGCCAACGGGCUGCUCCUGCUGACCGGUGCACUCCGCGCUGUCCUCCUCCUCACCGACCCGUACGGCACGCGCCGGGUCUUGUCUCGGCCCGUCCUCACCGCCCUCUACAACCUGCCGCUGCCACUGAUGCUAUGGGCCCAGGUCGCCCUGAACAUGAUUCCCCACCGGCGGGCCGACGUGAAUCAGCGGCCCUCCCCUCUGCAGCGCCCCUAUGUGGUGGGAGGUCUAGCGGUGACGCACUGCACCCUGCUACUGGGGGCCGACCUGCUCUCUCCAGCGCUGUCUCCUGACCUCCCUGUGGCGCUACAGAGCCUCUCUCUCUGCUGGUGCCUGCCCCUCUGCCUGGGCCUCCUCACCCAAUCCCUCUCCCACCUGCACCCCUUCUCCAAGACCCCAAUACCGCAGUGGGGGACCCCUCAGAGAUCAGAGGAGCGUGCGAGGCGAGUGGCGGCAGUCUGUGCCCUCCUGGGGCUGCUCUGCUUGGGCAUGCAGAUCUACAGCCUGCUUUGGCUCUACGGGCUCCUGGGGGACUGGAGGCGCUUCAGCUGGGGCUGGUGGCUGGGCCAGUUCUGGGCCCGUGUGCUGGAACUGUUCUGGUGCUUCUCCAUGCUGGUGCUGGCCUCCUGGGUGUUCUGGACCCCCCGGAGGAGCCGUGCGAGGUGUGAACACAACCAGCGCAAGGCGAAGGGAUUGUCAUUUUGGGAGAGAGUGCAGGAAACCCUGUGGAUGGGGCCUUUCAGGAAGUCGGAGAAAAACUGGGCGGAGCUCAUGCCAAACAACUGGGCGGGACAGCAUCCCUCGAGAACAGACAGCGGCUCCAUACUUGGUGUCUAUGACGACCCCCACACCGCAGACAGUCUGAGGGACACCGUGUCACUGCCCCAUCAGUCAGGUGGGGGCGGGGUGCACACCGCCAGCAGCGGUGAAGCUCACCUCCUUUGGCAGCAGAUGGGUGAGCGAGAAUGCAUCCUCUCCUUCAUAGAGUUCGACAUGCGCCCGCCGUCGCCGAUCAACCUCAGCCUCAGCAUUGACAACGCCCUCCAGCGUGACCACAGGCACCUGCUGGGGGUGGGCAGCCUAUUCUCAGCCCCACUCCCCUCCUCCUGGGCACUGUCAGCCGGGGCUACUGACUCUGACCCCUCACGGGGGGACAAUGAGCUGGCACCUGCCUCUCCAACCUUUUCUGGCUACGGGUGGGGGAGGGACGCGGACUCCAGGCCUGUGACUCCUGACCAUUUCAGUGUUAAGGAGCAGCCAAAGACAGAGUCACAGCCAUAUUCAAUCCCUGAACAUCACGUGGAGAAGGUUCCAGACAAUGAUGUGUACAUUUCUAUGGUUCUAGAUGAGGUGAGUAAGCCUGGGAUCACUGAAGAGGAGGACUGGGGCUGUGUGGGUGUUGAUUUUACAAACCUAUGAGCUGGCGAUGAUGUCAUCUUCACCCCAUCUUCUCAACCAAACUGUAUGAUUUGCAAAGGAACUCAGAGAUUAAAUAAAGUAACACAAUGUUAUUGUUUGAUUUGAAUGAAGUAAUAUGAUGUAAUUGUUUGAUUUGAUUAAAGUCAUAUUAUGCAAUGUUAGAAUCCCCAUGGGACAUCUACAGAAUGGGAACUAUUUGAAAGACAUGAAAAUAUUCAGUAUCAUUUUUCAGUUUCUUUUGUCAUACACUGACUGUACUUUAAUAGUUUUCUUGUAAUAUAUAUUUACAUAAAAAAAAAUACAUAAAAACAAAACACAUUUUAUUAAAUACAAAAAUUAUCAUGUUCAUUGUUAUGUUUUCGCAAUUUCAUCAUUAAU